AUGGCUCCAAUUCCGUCUUUCGGUCGAAAAAUACUCGACUUCUUUUCUUUCUCCUCGCCAAAGGCGCAAGGAAAGUCCUUGUCCUCUGGUUCCUCUCUGUCUCGUCCAUCUGAGGAGUCAUUUGAGAUGAUGACGUUCAAACCACAUGGUUCUGAACUUCCGCCGGCUACAUCAUUUCGUGCCCCGGCCCCGGCUCCCUUUCUGCCCCUGCGAUCAUCGCUCGUGGCAGAUUCACCGCCUCAGUUGCCAGACUUCGAUUUUGGCCCGGCUUUUGAAGUCCCUGACAAGUGGACUUCAGCAAAGAGAGACUUGGUGUUCCCGGAGACAAAGUCUCUCUCGUUGAAACAAGCCCUCUUGAAGGUUUGUCUUGAGGCUCUUGUCUUGAGCAGCCCGACACCAAGCACCUUUGGCCUUGAGGCCGGCUUGCAAUGCCAGAACAUACUAUCAUAG